AUGAGCGGGGAGGGGGCGCCCGCCCAGGGCGAGGCGAGCUCGUCUGGACCUAGCACAGAUCUCAUUGCCUCAGUUCAGGCUCGGUUAGCGGCCCUUGGCUCGCGCGCCGCGACCAACACCAGCAAGCAGCAGCGCAAGCAGCGCUAUGCGUUUUGGGAAACGCAGCCGGUGGUGCAGUUUGAUGGCGGAGCAGCUGAGCAGGAGGAUGGGCCCAUAGACAAGCCCAAGACGGUGGCGGAGGUCAAACAGGAGCCUUACUCACUGCCAGACAGCUUUGAGUGGUGCGAGUGCGAUGUGGGUGACGCCGUCCAGGUGCGUGAGGUGUAUGAGCUGCUGCACCUGAACUACGUGGAGGACGACGACGCCAUGUUCAGGUGUGAGACGUGGGCGCUGCAGCCGCCGGGCUUCCGCAAGGACUGGCACGUGGGCGUGCGCGUGAAGGCCAGCCGCAAACUGGUGGCCUUCAUUAGCGCCAUCCCGGCCACUAUUCUGUCUGGUGAGGGGGGGCGUCGUCAGGCCAGCUGCAAGCUGCAUUUGGGGGCAGCUGGGUCAACCAAGUGCAACGGCAGCGUCGGCAAAGGCAACAGGAGCAUCGGCAGCAACAACGCCAAGAACAGCAACAGCAGCAACGGCAGCAGCGACAGCAGCAGGCGAAGCAGCAAGCUGCCCAUGGUCGAGAUCAACUUCCUGUGCGUCCACAAGAAGCUCAGGUCCAAGAGGCUGGCACCCGAGAUCACCAGGCGCGUCAACCUGCAGGACAUCUGGCAGGCAGCCUACACCGCGGGCGUCGUGCUGCCCAAGCCGGUGUCCGUGUGCCGCUACUGGCACCGCUCCCUCAACCCCAAGAAGCUCAUAGACGUCGGCUUCUCGUCGCUCGCGCCGCGCAUGACUCUUGCGCGCACCAUCAAGCUGUACAAGCUGCCGCCGGCCACUGCCACCCCUGGGCUGCGGCCGAUGGUCGCAGCCGACGCUCCGGCGGUGGCGCGGCUGCUCAACAGCUACCUCAGCUGUUUCAAGCUGGCGCAGCACUUCUCUGCGGACGAGGUGCAGCACUGGUUGACGCCGCAGGACAUGGUGGUGGACGCGUACGUGGUGGACGGCGGCAGCGGGAGCGGCGAGGGCGGCAGCGGCGGCGGCAGCGGCAUCAGCGACGUGGUGUCAUUCUACACACUGCCGAGCUCGGUUCUGGGGCAUGCGGAGCACAAUGAGAUCCGGGCGGCGUACAUGUUCUACACGGUUGCGACCAAGGCGCCGCUGCAGCAGCUGAUGCAGGAUGCCAUGAUCCUGGCCACCGCCAAGGGCUACGACGUGUUCAACGCGCUGGACCUCAUGGAGAACGCCUCCUUCCUGAAGGACCUCAAAUUUGGCAUCGGCGACGGCACGCUGCAGUAUUACCUCUACAACUGGAGGAUGGCGGGCACGCCGAUCGCGCCAGGGGAGACCGGCCUGAUCCUCUUGUAA